AUGACAACAAUGUACGACUUCAUUGUUCAAUCAAAUAAAACUCCAAAGGGGGCAGGGUGUACUGCUCUUGUUGUAGCUGUGAUAGCCAGGAAACUGGAGUUAACUAGAGCUGAAAAACAUGUUCACAAUUUUAUGAUGGACACGCAGUUAACGAAGAGGAUGAAGAACGCAGCAGCAAAUGUACUACGAGAAACAUGGCUGAUAUACAAGAAUACGAAGUUAGUGAAGCGUGUAAAUUCUGCCAAAGUCCGGGCUCAUCAACGGAAAUUUCUACUAGCCAUCUACAGACUAAGAAAAGUAAAAAUGGAUCAACGAAAAUUAACGGACAACGCUAGCACAAUUACCGAUAUGGCUAAGACACAGAACACCGUGUAUGAGAUUGUUUCCGACAUGAACCAACGGCAAGAGACACUGGAGGAACGAGUGGCUGUGUUAGAAGAACGACUCGGAGUCAUACAAGAGCAGAUCCAAUCUCUUCCAGAAACCAUCUCCUUCAGUCUGGCUCAACAGCUAGCAAAAAACCAGGUUCCUCUUGAACAUCGACACACCUACCUUCAUCCGGACGAUGCUGCCUCGCUCGCGGUCCGGCCCAACUGGUCUUCAAUGAACUUACCCCCAGGUCAAAAAGGUGGUGGAGGAUUACUCCCCCCUCUGAUACCUAGAGCGGGCUCCACGGAAAACUGAAUAUAUCUGUUAAUUGUUGGCGGCAAUAAAAAUUAGCGAUACGACUCGUUUGCACAAGUUAAUAUAAAAGUAUAUACAUUAAUUGGAUUAAACGACUGGAGUAUCCAGUUUUGUUCUUUCACGUUGUUGAUUUGUUUCCAUGUGAACCGAAUCUAGUCGAUUACUUUCUGAGACUGCAAAUUUCACUGUGAGGUUGGACCGUCCAUGUACAGAAGGAUUCCACAGCCGAGUGAUAAACGUUUUGGCGGUAAAACAGCGUACUUUGUUAAGUGGUUCAGACUACGUCACGUUUCAGGAAAAUAACUUGGUUCAACAAAAACAGUAACCCCGUAGUGUGAUAUACAUCAUAAUCCUUUGUAUUUGAUUUCUUGGUGUUUUAACAACACUUCCCUAACCUAAACGCACGUGUGUUGUGUUAGAAACUCAACUGCGUUGAUCACUUCUGAAGUGAAAUAACUUGAAUUCUAAAAGUCCAAGGAGUCUACCAGAGUUUUAUCUGUUUAGACCAAAUGAACAUUUUGCAAUGAGACUCUGGAAAGGUUUGGUUUAACAAAACUCUACCAAAUAACUAGAACUCUUUAUUAGGUUUACUUGGAACUAUUAAAUUAACAGCGAAACAUAUUUUCUGAGUAUUUACAGAAAUACCAAGUCGUUUAGGAGAAGUAUAAGAAAUUCAAAUGGGCGUUGUCACGACAACUAAGAUAUUCAGUACUAAUACUUACAAGGGAUCUUUGCCAAAUUAUUUCAGCAUUAACUUACCGUAAAAACGAAAUUUUGUAUUUAGCUGUAAGAAUAAAAUUGUCUUGCUUUUAGCAAAAAAAAAAAUCAACUCGAGUCGGUUGUAUAAAGUGAGCAAGUUUUUUUUUAACCUUUCAACAGUCGGAUAUCCUUGUAAAGUGGAUACUGAUACAGAAACUAGAACAGAGGAUUAGUUUUGUUCCCUCUUCAAGUUUAGUACGAUCAAUUUUACUGCCCCCCAGAUGGGAUUAAAUAUUCUGUUUAACAGAAAGGAACGGGACUAAUAGUUGUCUUGUUCAGAUCCUUGUGUACGACAGGUUGCCAUCUCAGGGAAGUCAAGUUUCAUAACAUACCUGAAUAUUGUCAAAGAUGCACAGAAUGUUGAGUUAUUCUCAAGAAACCGGAUGACUUCAUAUCAACGGAAUGGAUAUGUCUUGUGGUAGGUUCUGUAUCUGGUUUAACCUUUAGUUCGUAUCUUGUUCCGGGCCAACUUCAUGAGUCCAGAGUGAAUGAUCCUCUUCUUUGGAAUUUGUUUUCUAAUUAAUGGAUUUAAAAUCACUUGAGAACAGGUAGUACAAACGUAUCUUUUACUUCUCUCUCUAUACGUAAAAUUUUAUUGGUGUUUUUUAAACUAGUGCGGAAGCUCUAUUCAUUGAAUAGGUAAUAAUGAUUAAUAUACUUUUCUAGUUGCCCCCCCCCACAUUAGAAUCUGGGUUUCAAUACCCGUGGUGGGCACAGCAUAGAUAGCCCCUAUUGUGUAUGAGGCGUGGAGUUAAAUUAACGACUGAGUUGCUAGGGUGACAUGUUUCACCGUGAGGCGUGGAGUUAAAUUAACGACUGAGUUGCUAGGGUGACAUGUUUCACCGUGAGGCGUGGAGUUAAAUUAACGACUGAGUUGCUAGGGUGACAUGUCUCACCGUGACGUGUGGAGUUAAAUAAACGACUGAGUUGCUAGGGUGACAUGUCUCACCGUGACGUGUGGAGUUAAAUAAACGACUGAGUUGCUAGGGUGACAUGUUUCACCGUGAAGCGUGGAGUUAAAUAAACGACUGGGUUGCUAGGGUGACAUGUCUCACCGUGACGUGUGGAGUUAAAUAAACGACUGAGUUGCUAGGGUGACAUGUCUCACCGUGACGUGUGGAGUUAAAUUAACGACUAAAUAAAAACAAAUCUGAGUAAAUUUAAAUUGUACGUGCGGUAUAAAAGAACAUAUAGAUAAACAUGAAGAAAUAAUGACAACAUUGUUUUUGUUAUACAAUGUUCUUAUUUUUAUCAAAAUAUAAGAAAUCAAUAUUAAUGAUAUGAGAGGACUCUGGCAUUUAAACGGUUUACAGCUAAACACAACGUGAAUCGUUUCACACGUCUUCUCUAUCUGCUUAUAAACUUAAAUAAACAUAACGUGAAUCGUUUCGUCUUCUCUAUCUGCUUAUAAACUUAAAUAAACAUAACGUGAAUCGUCUUCUCUAUCUGCUUAUAAACUUAAAUAAACAUAACGUGAAUCGUUUCACACGUCUUCUCUAUCUGCUUAUAAACUUAAAUUUGGUUUUUCUAGCACGUUUAAACUGUCUGUUGCUCGUAUAUAUAAAAAUUUAGGACUUAAUAAUUUGUGUGAGGUAAAGGAAAACAUGAACUUAAGUGAUUCCGGUAAGUACAGGAGUAACUUGCCACCUCAAACGUUCGAUUAUAGUGAUAAUGACAGAAAAAAUGUGAACAUAUUUCAAUUCUGAAUCGUAUAACUAUUAUUUCCGCCAUGUAUUUGUAUCACAUUAUCUCUAGACUUUGUUGUUGUCCCUUUUAGCUAUGUGUACAUCUAUAGUUGUUUUCAUAAACUCAAACGAAAGACAGCUUUAAUUUUUUUGUCUGUUUCGAACUUUCUAGAAUACAUUCGAGUUCUGAUAUCCUUCAACAACUAAGCCAUCUUUUAUUUAUAGUAAACUUGUUUUAUGUAAGUUCCAUCGACCGUUUCGGAUUCGACGUUUCUGUUUAUAGCUUCAUCGGAGCUCUCUUCAUUAUUUUAACAAAGUUUCUGUUUAUCUACUUAUAACUGGAGAACCGCUGGACCGAUUGUCACCAAACGUAGCAUGUAGUAUAUAAAGGACAUUGUUGAAUAUCAGGAAUCCUGGUGACGGCUUGAGUCAAAAAGUUUCAUCAACAAGGAUUUACCAACGUUCCUCUAAUUAGGACUUGUCCAUCUGUAUGUCAGAAACAAAAUAUGCGUUAAUUAAUUGAGUAACCUGAGAUGUUUUUUGUGUCAUUUUACCAAAUAUAAGACAUUUAUAAAGCCCAUCAUUUAAACUGUCUAUAUUAAGUUAAUAUCUACAGAAAUCGUAAUUUUUCUUUGAUCAAAACUUUAAUCUUGUUGUCAGUUUCUCGAGAUGACACUGGAAUUAUAUUAACUUGUGUCACUGAAGAUCGGAGGCGCUAUACGAUUAGCAUCGUAUUUUAGGGUUUGAUCAUCACUAGAAUGAAAUAUAACGUUAGGCUAACGUCAGUUGAUCAAACGUUAAGAUGUCGGACUGAUACAAAGAGAUUAUUUCAGUUUAUUUAAAUAACCUUAGGUUAAAUGAGAUAUAAUUACAUUUAUAAAAUCGUAUAUCACAAGCUAACGUUGUACUCUAGACCUUGCAGGUUGAAGGUAUUUUGUACUUUGAAAUGGUGUUCAUUGUGUUAGCUUUGUCUACUUUAUUUUUAACAUUCAUAAUUCGAUAGUAAUCACAUUCUUACGGAUGUGAGACUUCAUUACUGCCUAAUUUUUCUGAAAACUGGGAACAAAUUUUGGGAAUAGGGGUAAGUUGAACGUGUUUAAAAUUUGUAUUAACAUAGGUAUAUUGAUAUAUAUAUAUAUGCGUGCGUUGUGGCCGUAUACAUACAUACACGUA